AUGACCAGCCUUACGGAGCGAAGGAGACGACAGACAGCGCAGUGGGCCUCACCCAAACCCACGCCCCCAUCCACCACAAGCACACGACAGUUUCUUCUCCCAAAUCCACCGCUGUGUUCGUCGAUCCGCGGCGCCGGCCGCGCCGCACUCCACGAGCGCCUGCUCGUCUACCCAGCCGACGUCGGGGGCCAAGGUGACAGAUCCGACAGCCUGCUCCCCCGCCUCCAUCUUUGUUCGGCCGUCUCCCGCGCCGCGGCACUGGACUCGCUCGCGGAAUCCGUCGGGUUCCUGACGGCGUCGCACUCCGCCGUCGUCGUCUCGGCGGUCGCCGCGAUGCUCGACUCCGGCGAGCUCCUCCGUCCUCCCGCGACAAGGCCAUAUUCGUGUGGGCGGCCUUCGCAUCCUCGGAAGGCGAGGGCGCACCCAUCUCCACGAGGAAGGCGAGUGUGCACUGCCCCCAUGCUCCUCAUUCAGGGUCGCUCGCCCCGACAACGUCGCAGCGGGUCUCUUCCUCUCCCGCAUCUCGCCGCUGGCCGCACCCGGGAUGGCCUCGACCUCCUGCCGGUGCUGGCUUUAGCUUGAACUAGAGAAGAAAAAUUGCAUCGAAGUAGAAGGUGGAUGAUGGUGCUGGUGCCUUUUCUCUUGAACUGUUGCUGGUGAUGGCUGCAAUUUGAAGAAGUGGUUUCUUUCUCUCCUUCCUAUUCUGCAAUUGUGCUCCCCUUAUGGGUAAUGAUUCUAUUGAGGUGCAUUGUAGCUUUGGGUUGUUUUAAUGCUUGCUCAAUGGG